AUGGCAACGCCUUCCACGGAAGCCGAACCUUCGGCUUGCUUUCUACUCGACUUGCCCGGUGAGCUAAGGAACCGCAUCUGGCGCCUCGCAGUUGUCGAGGAGAAGCCCGUACAUGUGGUGCAGCUGACUGCAGCAUCAAAAGAGCGCGAUGCUUCUCGCGAGAGUCCGAAGUUCAAGGCACCGCCGCCGCAGCCAGCUCUGGCUGCCACCGGCAAAGCCAUCCGACAUGAGGUUCUAUCCAUUCACUACGGCGAAUGCGUAUUUCUGCUCGCACAGAUCGCGUACCAGAAGCUCGGCCCAGCGCACGUGUCAAGGAAGCUGGCACUCUGGAGGAAAUCUCUGGGAGACCCUACUCGGCUGCUGCGCCAUGCUCGACUAGAAGUCUACCACAGGCUCUGGUCUCCGCGCGCACCAGACUCCUACCACAACUUCGAAAUCAAGGCACACCUGGAGCAAAACGGCGAAAUCGUAAUCAGAAUUGACGCUCGCAUUGGAACCAUCUUCUCCUGGAAAGACACGCAAUACUGUAAGUGUGCAUUGCAGACUUUGGCAAAGCGGUCGAAGGGAAGAGGUACGGACGGUGGGCGCUUGCUCGACGUGAUGAGGGCAUUUUGUGACGACUACACACACGUCGCCGUGGACGUUGAGUGCAAAGAAUGCCAACUGCCGCUGUUGGUAUAA